AUUGGGAAUUUGGUUGUAUUGUGCUGUUUAUCCAGAGAGAAGCUUUGCUUCUGUUAAAUGCCUAUUUUAGAUUUUUGAUAUUUUUAAAAACAAUACAACCAACAAGAUUCUAAAAAUAGAAAAUUAAUUCAUGCUAAUAAUUAUUAAUAAAUAAAGUGUUGCAACCGAAAGCCGCUGCCCCUCAUCCACCCCGGGGCCUCCUAGAGGCGAAAAGCCACUGGGCAGCGGUGAAGGCUUGCGCGGACGCAGAGGGGCCGCCCCACAGCCUUGCGGAUUAUCCGCUCCUGUGCUCUGCCAUUGGCCAGCACCUCCGUCCUUCUCUCUCGUCUCGCUCUACCCCCCUCCCUCCGCGGCACUUUCUGGCGAGCAGGAGGAGGAGAAGGGUAGCAAUUCCCGUCGCCUUGGCUACGGCCGAUAGUCCCUCCCCUGCUAUCCGCUGCUAUUUCGGGCAGCAUCAGCAUCAAGGUUGCUCCAGUGGUAACCUCCUUGGCUCGUGCUGCUUCUUGGCGGGGGGUUCUUGGGAGGUUAGGAGAUCCGAGCCCGGGGGCUGGUGCGAACCAGAACAGCGCUGGCGGCGGGGGCAUCCACAGAGCAGGACAAAGUGAGGCAACCGCUGGGGACCCUACGAAUCCCCCCUGUUGGGUGUGGGGGACUGAGCUUGGGCCCCCGAAGUGAGAUUCCUGGCUGUGCUGACUGUGGGGCAGUCAUGGGGGGUGCUGGCCCCCAUGUCCACGAUUGGGGAUCAGAGCGGAUAGAGCCCUGUGGAAUCAGCUGCAGCACACGGCAAAGCCCCCAGGUGACUUGUGAGGCUCGUAUUCCUGCAACAGAGACCACCUCAGCUGCAGGAGUGAAUGUCGUAGUGGUGGUUGACGGGAACUGCAUCCUCCAGUAUACCCAUCGCCAGUCACCUUGCUCCUGCCUUUGUGAUGGAGAGCUCCUCCUGUCCCGACGCCCUCCACCAACUUACGGUGCUGUGUCCCCCAGCCCCACUAUUCCCCGGGGCCCAGCUUGUGGCCAAGAAGCUGGACCGCCUCCAACCCGCAGGACCCGUGGACUCAGCGUCCGCUGUUGCACCAAAGCCUGUCUGGGUGAUGAAGAGGACCAUGCUGAGCGGCACCUCCAUCUUGGGGCACCCUGCAGCCGCCUCACUCCAGUGCCCCUGCCCCGCAGCCCCUCUGGGCCAUGGUUUGGAGUGGGAUCCCUCAGUGGGGGCAGGUCAGGGGCUCAGGUUGUGAAGAUCUGGGACCGGCAGCGAUGCCCCUUGUUAGAGGAAGGGGAUAUCAUUGCAAAGGUGAAUGGGGCUGACGUUCGGGAUCUGAGCCCUAGAGAAGUGGAGAGAGUCUUGCAAGAACAUACGCGAACAGGAGAUGUGAUCCUUCUGGUGGAAAGGAAAGGUCAUCACUCCUGGAGACAUCCUCAGGAAAACUGCUCUUUCAGACGAGAACACCUCUUGCCCGAUUCCUCUCACAAUAAAGGAGUUCCUCGAGAUGCUCCUAACAUUUGGGGAGGUCCCAAGUGUGACACUUUGGCUGUGACCAGUUUUGUGGGCCCUGAGCCCCGGGAUGUACUUGUGUGUCCUGCUCAUUGUUCCCAUAGGCUGAGGAGGCCCCAGCCAGCAGGUGGGACUGGGGAACCCACAGGAAGUAUUGAUGGCCCCAAAGAAGAGCAUCGAUGCAACAGCAGUAUCAAUAUAGCAACUGAUGAAGUCAGAGUUGGGAGAGCAGCCAACUCCCUGUUGCCCCAUAAGGAAGAGGGCCCCUCUCAUCAGGAAGAUGGUGGGCUCUUAACACGGCUGUCCCACAGUGAUGUUGGGGGCAUCUUCCGGCAGGCAGGGAGCCGGGUGCGAACGAGGGUCCGGAAUCGCAAGGAUGCAGGAUUUCCCAGCGAUUUGAACACAGCUGAUAUUGAUGUAGGUGAAUGUCCCCGGAGCCCCACCUACGGCCUCCCUCAGCUCCAGAAGACUGGCCAAUAUUCUGUGGAGCUGCUACGAGGACCCAAUGGCUUUGGCUUCAGUUUGAGAGGCGGAAGCGAAUACAACAUGGAUAUCUACAUCUUGGCUCUCAUGGAGGGUGGGCCAGCGCAGCAAUGUGGCAAGAUCCAGGUGAGUGACCAGCUGGUGGAGAUCAACGGCGAGCCUACGGCAGGAAUGACUCACGUCCAGGCUGUGGAGCACAUCCGCAAUGGGGGUAGCCAGAUACGCCUGGUGCUGAAGAGGGGCAACGGGUUUGUUCCCAACUAUGACCAUGAGUACAAACAGAGCCCCAACAAGUUGCAGCAGGUGUCAAAGGCUGAGGACAAAGCCAGGCACCGGCACCAGAGAUCAAAGCCACCUGGGGACUCCCAGUAUCUGGGCUUGACCCCCUGUGAUGGGGGCAGCCAGGAGGCAUUGCCCAGCAGCGGUCGGCAGCCACAGCUCCUCAAAACCUGCCGGUCAAGCCAGCUGUCCCAUGACUCCACCAAGGCUCAAGGGGAGGAAGAUGAAGAUGGGGAAGGGGGCUGGAGGCUUUGGGAGCAACAGAAGAGCAUGGAGGGUGGGGGCGAGAACUGCAAGCUACUCUUCCCCAGGUCAAGCAGGAAGUUACGGUCCGACCUUGCACCUGGGCCCUGGCUUGUACCCAGUAAGGAGCGCCUGUCCCGUGCCCUGUGGGGUGUCUGCAUGGGCCAGGGGGAGGAGGAAGAGCAGAAGGGUGAUGCAAGGAGAGGGAAGGGCAUGGAGGUGAAGAGGCGGAGCUAAACCCAGCUCUGUCUGUCACAGUGCAGCCAUGCUGGGAACAACUUCGUGCCUGGGGCAAUGGCACUGUCCACCCCCAUCUGACUAUGCAAUAUCAUUUUCUUUUUCUGUCCUUUGCCCUCUCCCCCACUCAUACUAUGCAAUGGCUGUGACUUCCAUUUUGCUGUCCCGCCGCCCAUCCUUCGUCCAUACUAUGCAAUCUUAUACACACAUACGCACACCCCUACUUAUCCCGUGUACUUAUUGCCACCCUCCUUGGCAUUGUACAGUGGAAUCUUCCAUUUUGCUGCUGCUACCCCCCCCUCCCCCAAGGAGCACAAUGGUAACACCCUUUAUGCAGCUUCCUACCCUUGACAGACUUAUCACCUUCUAUGGCAGCCCUUUUUUAAACUGCAUUGCUAAGAAGCCGGGGGUUUAUGAGAUGUUUUAUCAGGGGUUCCUCCAAUAAUGAUCAGUAGUGGCAGACAGGUUGCCAGAAAGUCAGCUUGUCCACUUUUGCCCACCUUCCCUUAUAAUGUAUUGCACCAGCAGAGGAGGGUUGGGCAUAUUCUAGGGCAGUGGUGAGAAGUCUAACUAGGCCCACCGCCAUGUCUUAGAGGUUGGCCUGCUAGGCCUUUCUGGGUGAACUACACCACAUAUGACAUCAUAUGAUGUCAGGCACAGUAAAGUCCAAGCUGUGGCUGUAUGACGACAGAAGAAAGGCAGCAAAUUCAAAAAGUGCCUUUUUUUCUGAAAAGGAAGAAUUGGAAUAGCACUUAGAGUACACUCCUGAUUCUCACUUUGCCGCCCCAGACUGACAGAUUGAGAGUGACUGGCCCCAUUCACCUGCCAAAAUAACCCAUGUAGAGCUGGCCACUUCUGGAUCUGGCCCUCAGUCCGCAACAUUCCUCACCCCUGUUCUAGAGUAUGUUCUCUGUUUGCACAAGGCAGUGACUGGAUCCAACAGGUCUGAUUGACACAUGGCACAAAUGGAAGGUAUACCCUGCCUACAGCUUGCCCAGAAUGUUCUGUGGGAGACACACAAGGUAUGUCUAUGGGAUACACACAGGAGGCCCGUCAGCUAUUGUUAAAUUAAUGGGGAAAUGGUUCCUGAGGCUAGAUAGUUUGAAAACCACUGGCCUAGUGUUUCAUUCACUGAGUCCACUGAGAGUCAUUGUAAUGUAUUAGUUAGAAUGUUGAACGAAGACGGGGAGAGUUGAUUUCAAUUCCCUACUCAGCUACUGGGUGCCCUUGGGCCACUCACUUCCUCUGAACCUAAACUACCUCACAGGCUUGCUGUGAGGUUUUAAAGAAGUCAGGAUAUAAAUGAGGAAAGUCAGGAUAUAAAUGAAAAAAUAAAUAAAACAGUUCCACAUCAACUUAUGCUCAGAAAAAAACCCUGCACAUUGCAGAGGAUUCUGUGGAAUUACUUUAGGGUGUGUGCAGUCAGUUAACUUCAAAGCAGGCCCCAGUGUUGCCCGACACAAACUGAAAGUGCAUUCCAAUAACACGCCCAACACUCCCUUGAAGGGAAGUUGAAGAUUGCUUGGAGUGAGCAAUUCAGGGAAACAUUGUCUGCCAUUGCUGAUCUCACAUGUUUCUGAGGAAACCUCUGGAGCAUUAUGUGAAAACCACUGAUCUAGUGUUCCUUCUCGCCUCCCCUUUCAAGACUAUGCAGUGGUACAUUCUACACUCCACAGAUGUGCAGUUGAACAUCUCCCUUCGAUGCCCAGUAAGCACUGUUCACCCUCCCUCCCUCCUUUGGACUAUCCACCAUCCUCAUGGACCUUUCCACUCCACAGGUACCUCAAGCCACCCCAGGAUUACACAAGCUGGUGCUCCUUUUUCUGCCCAUACACACAGAAUGCAAUGGCAUUCUCCUAUCUGCUAGUGCCAAUCACAGUGUGCAUGAGAGCUAUCAUGAGCUAAAACACAGACUUCACAUGCCACAUGGGAUGCAUAUGGAUUGGAAGAGGCACAUGUUUCUGUGCCACAUGCACCCAGGGAUGCCAACCUAUGCUAUGAAAAUGAGUAGACUGUGUAGAUUUUUGUUCAUUUGCAAAUAAUAAUAAUGACAUAUUGUCCCUGGCAAGCUGUUUCAGCUUCUCUCCAUCAGUCAUGGCCACAGCAUGUUCCUACUAAUGAGCAUGGCUUGGCCUACCUUGCUUCCUUCCAUGCUGAAAAGGCAUAGCAAACAUGGUAUUACAGUUGGCAAAGGGCUGUGGGAUGAGGAAGUGAGACAGCACAAAGUUGCAAUCUAAAUUUCUUGCUACUCCUUUAAAAACAAGUUGUGACUCCACAUUGGAUCUCCUGCUUGCUUCUCAGUUCCUUCUUGAUCUGUACAGAUAUUUCACAGCAUAUCUAGAGUGGCUAUUGGUGCAACCCUGGGGCAUACAGGCAAAAAUUGUGCCUUGUGUCACCACCCUUUGGCUGGGAGGGCAGGGAGAGGAGGCCAUGUGCACUGCAUGCUGUGUGCAAAAUAUGAACCGACAUGAAAUGUGCAUGUGUCCACAGGGUACAUUUGGAUGAACACUUGGCAGGGCUUGUGCUUUAUACAGUUGGAGGAGUUACAUAAAUGGACACAUAUUUAGACAAACCCAUGUGGAUAUGAAUGCCAAAGGCCAUGGCACAUUUAGGAAGCCCAGCCCCAUUGCACUCAGAAGGCUUUGGGAAGGACCUAGCAGGCAAGCCUCUGCAACACACCUUGGAAAGACCCAGAAGCUAUCAUACAAUACUGCCGCUCUUAACGUGCAAAGAGGUGCUGGGUCGCAAAUCUUCCUGGAAGCUACAUCCUGAGACCCAGGUGUCCUGCUACCUAUUUUCUGUUGCAUUUAUGGAGGAUAGCUGUCUUGUAGGUGAGAGGGAAAGACUCGCUUCACAUGCUCAGAGGCACUCUGCAAUCCCUCCCACAGUUUUAAGUAAUGCAUGACAUGAGAGACUGAGGCUUUGUGGCCUGCCAUAUAUGAGCCCCACCCAAAGUGAAGAACUGAAAUGGUUUCUUCUACUGUUCCAGAAGUGAAAGUGACUUGGUUGUGGGAUAACUUGAUACAAUAGGGGACAGGGCUCUUGAAUAAUUGUGCAGGUGCCAAUUUGAGUCUUUUAGGUGGAGAGGGAAAUGUCAGUGACAGGUUGCUUUCAACAUGUCUGGCAGUGCAGUUAUGCACUAGAAAAUGAUUUUUUAAAAUAAAAUCUUACAAAAUUAUACAUUAAAA